AUGCUGAAGAAGCUUGGUGACCUUAUGAACGAGAGCCAUUAUAGUUGCAGUGUUCUAUAUGAAUGCAGCUGCCCAGAGUUGGAAGAGCUUGUAAAUAUUUGUCGGAAUAAUGGUGCUUUUGGGGCAAGGCUUACAGGAGCUGGAUGGGGUGGUCGUGCAGUUGCUUUGGUGAAAGAGAAUAUCAUCCCACAAUUUAUCCUCAAUUUGAAGGGACAAUUUUAUCAAUCAAGGAUGGACAAUGGGGUGAUCAAUAAGAAUGAUCUUGGCCUAUACGCUUUUGCAUCCAAGCCAUCUCGGGAGAGAGAAACAGCUCAGAUCUUAGUCAGUGGUGGGUUGAGAAAGAGGGAUGCGGUGCAGGGAUACAGUGGUGUUGCUGGUUGGGUGUGUGGCGGUGGUGGGUUGAGUGUGUCUGUAGGGCCUCCCAUGUCUACUUGGAAGCCAAGAGGGUACAUGCUUUUAAGGAUGCUGAAAAUUAAGGUAAAUGAGGAGGACAUGCUGAAGAAGCUUGGUGACCUUAUGAACGAGAGCCAUUAUAGUUGCAGUGUUCUAUAUGAAUGCAGCUGCCCAGAGUUGGAAGAGCUUGUAAAUAUUUGUCGGAAUAAUGGUGCUUUUGGGGCAAGGCUUACAGGAGCUGGAUGGGGUGGUCGUGCAGUUGCUUUGGUGAAAGAGAAUAUCAUCCCACAAUUUAUCCUCAAUUUGAAGGGACAAUUUUAUCAAUCAAGGAUGGACAAUGGGGUGAUCAAUAAGAAUGAUCUUGGCCUAUACGCUUUUGCUUCCAAGCCAUCUCGGGGUGCUGCGAUUUUCAAAUUUUAAUCUCUGCUCUGCAAAUUAAUUUUAUUUAUGAACACUAGCCAUUUAAUCUAUCAUCCAUUAAUAAACUUGAUCAUCUUUUUCAACAUGUUUCCAUAGGCUUAUGGAGGGUCUGAUUUUCUUUUUAAGAUAGGUAAGAAGGUGAUUUAGUUAGCCAAAUUGCACUAAUGCAAUUCAUUCAUCUUAUUAUUCUACAGUGCAAUUCAAAUUCUUAGUAAGGCUAGAGUUAGUGUGGUCUUUGUUGAGUUUAGAUGAGUUGGGUUUUAUUUAUUUAUUUUUUGUCUCAACGGUUCGCUUGUCGUUGAGCUAUUGUCUUACAUGGAAAUUAAAUUGUAUGAUUUGUAUCUAUAGAGAGG